CUCUCUUUAAAAUUCCAUUAUACAAUGCGUAUUUCUUGUUAAAGACGGCCGAAUGACAUUUUGCAAGAGAAUUGGCUGCUAUUUGUAGCAGGUCCAACAGCAAUAAUAUUGAAGCUCUCUCUCUCUCUACCCCGUUGGUUUGUGGUUACAGAGUUAUUUACGAGAACUUUCAACAGUAUGAAAACAUAAACCGAUAUGUAACAAUAGGCUUUGCAGAACAAUAAGAGGUGCAUUUCAAAUGUAAGCCUUUAAAUUCGCUAAGAAGUAAUCUAUUCAAAAACUUGGCAACCUUGUACAAGUUAUGCAAUGUUAGAAGGAAAGAAAAGAAAAAACGACUGGAGAUAGUUCUGUUUCUCCUACUUGAAAGGAUAAUAAAAGGUGGCUAUCAAUUGUUAUGUCAUGACUUCAAUGGCUUAUGUCUCUGUUGCCAGGAGCUGACUUCGAAAAACAAACGACAAAUUGUUUGCUGCGGUCGUCCAUUAUUAGUAUUACUGCUGUUUUGUCGUUUUGUCUUCAGUCAACAAUAAUUUAAAAACAAUUGGUGUCGUAGAGGGGAAAGAAAGAAAGACUUCCGUAAAACAAAAUGUAUUAGAAAGAGGCAGACACUGGGGUGAAAGGGAUCUCUCAAGUCCAGAGAAAAUACUUUGCUUUACGUUUAUUUAAUGCCAUUUCUAUGUUCUUACAACUGAACUAGGAUUGAUAAAAUGGCAAAUUUCACCAUGGCACUGGAAACAGUGGUUGAAGAACACGACGAUGGUCAGUCUUCACCUCAAACAUUGAAUUUAGCAAGCCCGUUAAUUGAUUCUUUGCACAUCCCUCAAUCUUCUUUGAACAUCGCUUCAACAGAACCUCCACCAUUUCUCUUGACUGAAAUAGAUGACUACGAAGAAGAGAAAAACAAGAAUAGUCUGGAAGAAGAGCAAAUUCCACACAGUUCUAUUGUUGUGGUAGAACCAACCAAUGAGUCUGAUGACAACACAACAUAUUUGGAACCUGAAGAAGAUAAUGAUUCAGAAAAUACUUUUGAAGCUGAUUACGAUAUUGAAGAACACUGGGAUAUUGACCAAGAAGAUGCGCCAUUAUCCCAUGAUGUCACAGGCAAAAGCAUGUACCUUGAGUUAUGCCAAGAAAUGGGUAUUCAUCCAGUGUCCAGCUUCAUCCGUCACAUCAGACAAGACCAGAUUGCCUUACCGCAUUAUGGUCUGGGACCAGAUGCUGUCAAGCCUAUCAGUAUAGUUCUCCGGCACAGCAUAACGUUAGAGAAACUGGACCUGACAGAGAAUCUUAUUGAUGGAGAAGGAACCCAGUUUAUCAGCAAGAUGUUGGAAGAGAAUGAUUUCAUUACAGAUUUGAAUUUGUCCAACAACCAGGUUGGUCCUGCUGGUAUCACACACAUAGCCAAGAUGCUCUGCUGCAAUAAAGGACUCCGCAGUUUAAAUCUAUCAGGUAACCGUCUUGAAGAUUCUGUGCUUGAACAAUUAAUGAAUGCUCUGGAGAAAAAUAAAUAUUUAGAAAGCAUCGACUUGAGCAAAAACAGACUUGGCGAAAAUGGUGGAGAGAUAUUCGGUGUAGCGAUAGGUUCCAAUGAAUAUCUGCAGCAAUUUGACCUGUCGUGGAACUAUAUCCGACUGAGAGGUGCCAUCGCUAUUGGCAAAGGGCUUCGGGACAAUAUUCGAUUAAAAAGAUGCAACUUGGCCUUCAAUGGCUUCGGUAUUGAAGGAGGUUUUGAGAUAGCAGAGGCCCUCAUUCACAACACAACUUUACAAGAAUUAAACCUCACUGCCAACAGAUUGACAGACGUUUGUAUAGAGAAAAUUGCUAAAUCCCUCUUAGUCAAUGAAACCCUUCAGAUAUUACAGUUAGGUAAGAAUCCAAUUAGCACAACCGGAGCCAUUUCCCUUGUCAAUGCCAUCAACAACAAUGACAACACAGGACUAAAUUUACUGGAUUUGACGGAUGUCUCGGUCGAAUAUGAGUUCCUGCGCAUUGUUUUCGACAUCAAACAGAAGAAAAACUUCAAGGCAAUAUUUGGUCACAUCCUAAGAUCUGGAAACACAACAGAAGAUAUUGGUAAGAAAGCUAUUGAGGUCGAUAGUAGAAACCAAUAUCAGAAAUCCCUUCUGAUCCUGAAACAAAGCGUUGUGGUAAGGGAUCCUGCUUUGAUGGAAACUCUCAAGAAAUAUGAUACAGAAGGGAAUUUCACAAUCACCCCUGAAGACUUCAUAGCAGCUGUUAAGGAAUGUGCUCUCGAAAUAGACACGAAGGAUUUAAUGCAAACUUUAAAAGCAAUAGCAAAGGAAGGAUCAGGUAAAAUAUAUUUUGGCGAUCUGGCAACAGAGGCCCACAAAGACUAAAGAAAGGCUGAAAUAGAGACUAGAGCAAUGGAGAGAGAAGAGACAUUUCAUCAGAAAACUGGAGUUCCAAUCAUAAAAACGAGUUAAAUUGUGUUUUAAUUCAUUCAUUAAGCUGUGAAUUAAUCCUUCCCAUAAGUUAACUGAACAACAGAAAAAUAUAUAAAAAAAAAUCUAUUGUUUGGUUGACAUUCACUUUUCCAUGCCAGUGUGGUUUGGGUGGGAAAUAAAUUUGGGACAGGAUUUU